AGACAUAUCAUUACCAUAUGAUCUAAUGUGGGUGUCAGCCGGGUAGUGUUCAUUGAGGGAAACCUUAUUUUUUAUCUGGGCUAUGGAGUAGAAGCAGGAGAUUUUCAACCUAGUGACAGGCACAGAGCAGCACCUACCCCCUCCUCCUUUCCACACCUGCAAACUCUUUUGCUUGGGCUGAAUAUUUAGUGUAAUUACAUCUCAGCUUUGAGGGCUCCUGUGGCAAAUCCCUGGAUUAAAAGGUUCUUUGGUUGUGAACAUACAUGAAAUAAAUCAUGAAGGCAACUCUCAUCUUCCUCCUGCUUGCUCAAGUUUCCUGGGCUGGACCGUUUCAACAGCGAAGCAUAUUUGACUUUUCUGAGCUCUUGCCAGCAGAUGAGGCUUCCGGUGCAGGCUUUGAUGAUCACCCUCCUGAUGGCCCUGAUAUAGAGCCCAUGGGACCCGUCUGUCCCUUCCGCUGCCAGUGCCACCUUCGAGUUGUCCAGUGUUCUGAUUUGGGUCUGGACAGAGUACCGAAAGAGCUUCCCCCCGACACUACACUGCUGGACCUGCAGAACAAUAAGAUAACCGAAAUCAAAGAUGGGGACUUUAAGGACCUGAAGAACCUUCAUGCAUUGAUUCUGGUCAACAACAAAAUUAGCAAAAUCAGCCCCGGAGCAUUUUUACCUUUGGUGAAAUUGGAACGACUCUAUCUGUCUAAGAAUCAGCUGAAGGAAUUGCCAGAGAAAAUGCCCAAAACUCUUCAGGAGCUGCGUGCCCAUGAGAACGAGAUCACCAAAGUGCGGAAAUCUGUGUUCAAUGGACUGAACCAGAUGAUCGUCAUAGAACUGGGCACCAAUCCACUGAAGAGCUCAGGAAUUGAUAACGGAGCCUUCCAGGGAAUGAAGAAGCUCUCUUACAUCCGCAUUGCUGACACCAAUAUCACCUCCAUCCCUCAAGGUCUCCCUCCUUCCCUUACCGAAUUACAUCUGGAUGGCAACAAAAUCACCAAAGUUGAUGCAGCUAGCCUGAAAGGACUGAACAAUUUGGCUAAGUUGGGACUGGGUUUCAACAACAUCACUGCUGUUGACAACGGCUCUCUGGCCAACACUCCUCAUUUGAGGGAACUUCACUUGAACAACAACAAUCUUACCAAAGUGCCUGCUGGGCUGGCAGAACAUAAGUACAUCCAGGUUGUUUACCUUCAUAACAACAACAUCUCCGCUGUUGGAUCUAAUGACUUCUGCCCUCCUGGAUACAACACAAAGAAGGCUUCUUAUUCAGGAGUGAGCCUUUUCAGCAACCCAGUUCAGUACUGGGAGAUUCAGCCAUCUACCUUCCGAUGCGUCUAUGUGCGCUCUGCCAUUCAGCUUGGAAACUACAAGUAACUCCCAAGGAAGCCCCCAUUUUUAUAAUGGCAAAAUCCCAUUAACGCCAUUGCUCAGAAAAAAAGGAAAAUGGAAGCUAGAUAUUGAAAUCCUGACUGCAACGUGGAUGUUUUUCCCACAUGACUUAUUAUGUAUAAAGCCAAAUACGCAGUUUAAAUAAUUGCCUACAAUAAAAAAUAUUUUGCCUGAA